AUGUCAUCCGCACCAGAUAUCGAUCCAUAUGCUGUCCUGGGAGUGCAGAAAGAUGCGACACUCACGGAGAUCAAGUCUGCUCACCGCAAGCUUGUGCUCAAGUGCCAUCCCGAUAAGAUCAAGGACGAGUCCCAACGGAGUCAAGCGCAGGAUGAGUUUCAACGGGUGCAGCAAGCUUACGAGACGCUCUCCGACGAGACGAAGAGAAUCAAGUACGACCAGAAGGUCCGUCUGGCAGAACUUCGGCGCGAGAUGAUGGCACGCGGUGGCCCCGCCCGGAGUAGUGGCACCUCCCGGGAAUAUCGCGACGGACGGAUCUACGAAGAAAGAGUGCCGGCUGAUGCGGCGUUCUUCGACGAACAUGCGCGCUUCACCGAAGAGCCCCGACCGAUGUCUCGCAAACAUGACGAUUACGGACGGCGACAACGAAGCAAGACGACUGACGAGAAGAAGUCCAGGACGGUUCCGGUCGACCACCUUCGUGCGGCCAAAGAGUCGAUCCGCGAGAAUGUCAAAGCGACCCACUCCGAUCGGGACAAAUACCGUACCAAGGAACGCCGGCGGGAAAAGUACGAGAAGUUCGAACGGGCGGGAUCGUACUAUGGUACGGAUAAUAAUAAUGAUGAUGAUGAUGACGACGAUGACGACGGCGGCGGCGGCGGCGCCUCGGAUAGCAGUGCGUCGUCCAUCUACGUGCGUGUCAAGCGACCGUCGGAGUCGAGACGAAGUCGCGAGUCGACCUCGCGGAAGACCAAGUCGACCGACUCCAGCCGUCGCUCUGAGCGCUCGCGGUAUGAGGAAGACGGCUAUUCCGAUGCGUUUGAGGGCAAGCAUGAGAAAUGGCAUGAUGCCGCCCAAUAUUAUAUCAGCCGCUCCCGGGCUGUGCCCGGAGAGAGUGAGCGGAGACAUCGGUCGCCUCGCUCUCCCACUCGUCAGCAUGUCUACGAGUCUGUGGAACCAGAGUCGACCUCCUCUCGCCGUCCCGCCCGGUCCACCCGCUCCAGCCGGGAGGACGUGCGCCCAUCAGCCUCGCGCAACAACUCGUAUGAACACCUGGAAUCGCAGCCCCGCGUCUAUGAGAUCAAGAGACCUAGCAUGCCGACCGCUGCAACCUCGCCGGGAAUCAAGGUGUCGUCGACGACCGUGCGGCCCUCCCUGCAGACUUCGCGAUCUGCUUCCAGUGCCCAUACCCACUCUCGCUCCAAGGCGUCGGUUCGAUUAGCCGAGUCGAUUCUCCAGAGCAUGGUCCGGCCCUCGAAGCCCCGGGGCGUAGAGCGGUACGACUCGGGCUACUCAAGUCCCGGAACGCCUGAGAUGGCACCGGGCGACAGCCCGACCAAGACCUCGAUGCGCUACAAGGUCAAAGAUCAGAUUGAUACAGUGGUGGUCGAACCCGUCCUGCCCUCGCCCACCUCGUCCUCAUCGAGACAUUCGCGGGCCUACUCUCCACCACGCACCGAGCGUGCCCCGAAGUCGUCUCGAUCCAAGCCAAAACCAACCCGCAGCAACACGACCUACGCCUACCCGGUGGCCCCCGAGUCAUCGUCGUCGUCGUCAUCGUCCUCUCGCUAUGAGAGCGCCCGAGUGAGCGCCCCGCGGCAUUCCCCCCCGUUAUUUGGAGAACCCGAAUACAACUCCCGCAGCAAGGACAAGGACUACCCUCGUGAUGCGUACCCGCGCCAUUACGACCAAUACCGCGAACCACCCGUGGGGAGGCGCCAAUCCACCUUUGCUUAA